CUGUUUCCGUCGAACCGUAUUAGCAAACGGACCAAACAAAGUCUGGCUCCUGAAUUUAAACUGGAGUUAUAAUCCCUCGGAAACUUUUUAUUUUCAGGUUAAAAUGAAGUUUCGGGGGAAAAUAACCGACAUCGCCUGUUUGAACCACUUCACCAGAGUGGUGACCACCAUCUCUAAGCUCACCAAGACCUGCGUCCUGCGGCUGACUCCGGACCACCUGUUCUUCAUCCUGCCGGGAAAAGUGACCAACGGAGGAGUCGGCAUGUGGUGCCAGCUGCUGCAGGCCAACUUCUUCCAGGAGUACCAGAUGGAGGGCGUGACCUCUGAGGUCCAGGAGAUCUGCCUGGAGGUGAGUCCAGAACCCUGGAGCCGGGCCCUGAAGACGGUCCAGUCCGCCAAGUCAGUGAAGCUGAAGCUGACCAGGAAGCACUGCGCCUGUCUGACCGUCGCUGCCGAGCUGCCCACCCUGUCCAGCGUCGGCAGAGUCGUCACUCACGACGUUCCCGUCGACGUCAUUCCUCGAAGACUCUGGCAGGAAUUCCAGGAAGCCGGCGUUCCGGACUUUGAUGUGAGCGUCUACCUUCCUCCUCUGAAGACGAUGAAGAGCGUGGUGGACAGGAUGAAGAACCUCUCUAACUUCCUGGUGAUGGAGGCCAACCUGAACGGAGACAUGAACCUGAAGAUCCAGACCGAUCUGGUUUCUGUCACCACUCACUUCAAAGACCUGGGGAACCCAGCAUGGGGCGUUGACUCCUCCCAGGACGGCGGUCCGUCUCAGAGCAGAGACCCAGAGGUCAUGGCAGAGGUCACGGUGGACAUCAGGAAGCUGCAGCAGUUCCUCAUGGGUCAGCAGGUCAACCCCAGCAAGGCCCUGUGCAAUAUUGUCCAUCAGAACGUGGUCCACCUCGUCCUGCUCCAUGAAGACGUUUCUCUGCAGUAUUUCAUCCCUGCUGUGGCCUGAACCAGAUCAUCUGAUCCUCUGCAGAUAAUCUGGUUCUGGUCGGGUUCAGUGGGAGCUGGAACGUUUUUUCUCUACUGGACCCGGAGGAGCAGAUUCAGAACCUCCAUCCAGACUUUAUGAAGACUUUACCUGCUGAACUGAGCUGCUGCUCUAUUCAUGAAAUGUUUUAUUUUUAUACAGAGAUGAAGAUUCAGUGUCUGAAUCGUUUCUGAUUAAAUUCUGUAGAUUUUAAAUCUGCUGGAUCCAGAAAACCUCCAUGUGUUCCUGCUUUGCCCUGUGAUGGACCGCUGACCCGUCCAGCUUGUUCUCCGCCUCUCACCCAGUGACUGCUGGAGAGGCACCAGCUCUCCUCCACCCUUCCUCUGAUGGAGGCUGUUUGAACUGCAGCAGCAUUUCUUCAAAUCCAACAUUGAGUCUGAAUACAAAACAAUCAUUAAUAAGGGUUAAAUAAAAACGAAUUAUUAUUAAAAUGAUUAAAACAGAAGAUUAAUUUUUGAAAAACAAAUAUUUUAGAGAGAAACGUGUUUUAUUUUUUCUGUUAAUUUCCUGCAGCCCAGUAAGUUGUUUCUCCAACUGCCAAUAAAACACAAGAGAAGAAGAAAGAAAGUAGUGGGGGAGGGGGGUUAUUAGACAACUUAUUUGUCUUCAAAAAAUAUUUGAUAAAGAAAUAUGAAUUAGUUUUAUUUCUUCUGUUAUCUCCUUUCCACACUUCAGGUCAGUAGGUGGCGGUGUUGCACCUGUGGAGUUGAUCUGCAAACCGCCAUUUUACAGCAUCAGAAGAAGAAGAAAAUGUUCAGCUUCAGUUUAUUAGCUGAACUCGUCCAAAGUUAGCCCACCAUGCUAACGUUAGCCUGAGCAGAGACUUUCUUCAGCUGCUGCAGGAUUCCUUCAUUUCUGCUGGAGAAAACUGAAGUUCAGAGAAGAUGAAAAUCAGAGCUGGAAUGGAGUGAAACCUCAGAACUUUCAGAACAGCAAAAAUACAUCAACAUUAAAGAUCUGUUACCGGUGUGGAAAUCUGUUUCCUCUGCAAAGAUCUUCAGAAUGCAACAGAAUAGUCACUCUGAGGUGAAACCAUGCAGCUGUGAAAAGUGUGGGGAAGAGUUAAUCUCUUCCACAGACCUAAAAAAACAUCAGCUGAUCCACAGUGAGGUUAAGUCAUUCACCUGUCAUGACUGCGGAAAAAGCUUCCGCACAGAAAAGCAAGUAAAAGCCCACAGUGUUGUCCACACUGACGAAAAACCUUUCAGAUGUGACCAGUGUGGAAAGACGUUCAGCCAUAAAUCAAGCAUUUAUCUCCAUAAGCAAACCCACUCAGGAGAUCCAGAAAAAUAUUUCUCCUGUGAUCAGUGUGGAAAGACUUUUAGAAAUUCUUUAAACCUGAAUGCCCAUAAACGCCGACACAUUAAACUACGACGAUACUCUUGCAAUGAGUGUGGGAAAACCUUUGCAAAUCGUCUUCACUUUGGAGACCACCAGAUGUUUCACAGUGGAUUAAACCCCUACAGAUGUGACCUGUGUGGAAAAUGUUUCAUAGUAAGCACCUCCUUAAAGAAACAUCUCCUCCUCCACGUUGCUGAGAAGCCAUUUGUCUGCGAUGAGUGUGGAAAAGGUUUUAUUCGUAAGACUGACCUCAGAACCCAUCAGCUUGUCCACGCUGGAGUUAAACCCCACAACUGUGAAGAAUGUGGAAAGUGUUUCACAACAAGACACAAGUUAAAAGCACAUCAGAGCAUUCAUAUUCAGGGGAGAUGUUUCAUCUGCGAACAGUGUGGGAAGGCUUUCCACACCAAAUCAAAUCUCACAAGACAUCAGAGGGUUCACACUGGAGUUAAAUCAUUUUGGUGUGGGAAGUGUGGAAAAUCAUUCAGUCAAGAAGGAAACUUAAAAAGACACAGCUUCCUCCACACUGACAGAAGGUUCUCCUGUGAUACAUGUGGGAGAACCUUCACUACGUGGGACCAGCAGAAAGCACAUCAGAUCAUCCACAGGGAAGGAAUACCAUACUGCUGUGGUCUCUGUGGGAAACUCUUCAUUCGGAAGUUAUCCUUAGUGGCUCAUCAACACAUCCACACUGGAGAUGAACCAUACAAAUGUGAGCAGUGUGGGAAAGUCUUCAGCCGAACUGACCGCCUCAGAGCCCACCAGAAGAUCCACUCUGAGGAGAAACCAUACAGCUGUGAGCAGUGUGGGAAGACAUUCAAGCUGUCCCGUUAUCUAAAACAACAUAAGAAGACUCACAGCAGCAAACCAGCCGUCUAGAGGACAGGGAGGAUUCACUAUGAGAAGCAGAGCAGCACAAAAGGAGCUGCUUCUCAGCCCAGCGAUGGUGGAGAACCAAACGGUUCUGGGAGAAAAGUCUGCGAAGAAAAGGCUUCAAAGUUCCAAAUCUGAGACCAGUGAAGACAAGCUGAAGUUCAGCAGACUGAGGGGAAGGUUUCACCUUAACAGCUUCAGGAAAUGUCCCUGACGUCAUCCUGAACAUGACUUUCAGAUCAGACUUUAGAGUUCAUGUUUCUAGUGUUAAUUCUCCUUUUCCAGCAAACCCUGACCUUUGACCUUUAAUGUCAUGUUACCAGGGAGCCUUCCCAUCAUUAUUCUUCCUUUAAAAAUCACUCAGCUGUUGCUGACAUGUUUCAUAAUUAGAAGUUUCUGGCUCUCCCUGUUGAUGCCAUGUUUAGGCAGCUAGAGAGCUAAUGGUAGCUAACAGCAGAACUGGGUCAGCUGGUUCUGGAGGGAGGACCAACAAAACCAGCUUCAGAUCCAGCAGAGUUUUGUUACAAUGGUUGCUGAGACAGAAGAUUUUCCUCAUGGAGAACAUCUCUGAGUUUGUUAAUGCAGCUGAAAGCUCUUAGUUUGAAAGGUCUGAAUCCCAUUUCUCUUUGUGUCCUCUGUACCUGUGUCCAUAUUGGUCUCUAUCUCUGUGUCCUUCACUCUAGUCCCAGACACAUCAUUAGUGGCCUAAAGUCCUUACACAGAAGCAGAACCUGUGAAGGACCCAUAAAUGUUCUGGGAACCGUCAUCAAGCAGCAGCAGAUGUUGACUCACUUCAUUUUCUUCUGCUUAAGAUUCAAACAUGACCCAUCAAAAUCCAUGAAAACUGACACAUCAGUGCUUUUUCCUCUUCUUGAGACAAUCAAAUAUUUGACCAGCGAAAUUAAUCAGUUUCACAAUUUUCUGUAUUUGAGAUCUGGAAAUGAAAUUAAAGAAUAUCAGACUAAACCUGAUUGUUUUUGCAACUCUAAAAUAGGUUGAUUUAGAAAUAUUUCAUUUAUUUUUCAUGGAUUUUGUACAUCAGAAUGAACAUCAUGUUGUGCUGAAAGCUCUUCCCACUUCCAUGUCGCAGUAAAUACUGGACCUUCCCACUUCUUGCUAAUCCAGGGUAGAAAAUGGGAUUCAAACUUAAUCUGUGUUCCAGGGUCUGAGUUGAUGUCCCAGUUGGACUGUUGUUUCUGUUUCUGUGUUUUUGAGCUGCUUCCAGCUCCAUGUUUGUGGAGUUUGGAUCCUGUUAAUGGUUCUAAGUUCUGGAUGGUUGAAAAAUGUUCCCUAAUGUUGCAGAUGAUGAUGGAUCUGCUGCCACUGGCAGGAAAUACACAGGUGUUGUUCCCUGUUCAGCCACCAGAUGGAGCCUCAUACUGAGCAGAGUUUGAAAAUGUUGCUGCUGAAAAAUUGUUGGUGAGUUGUUUUUUCCCCCGCUUUCAGAUCAGACGUAGCGAUCAGCAUUUGCUUUAUUUUCCACCUGAACGGUUCAGUUUGUUCUUAUGAAAUGUUGAAAUAAAGAAAGUUGAACCUCCUGCUGGUGGAGACAAA